AUGUUGAUCGAUUCUGGAUCAACUAAGUUCCCAGGAAUCAUAGGAAUCCAUGGUACGAUAACGUUGAAGAAUUUAGAAAAUAACCUAGGGUUGAUACCCAUGAAAUUAGGGACCGCCAAAAUUACAAAAAAUUGUCACUCAAUACUGUAUUUUUACGACGUCAAUUUAAUAAUUACUGAAGUUAAUGACCUUAAGAAAAAAACUGAAAAUGUUGCGACAUUAUCCAGGAAAUAUAUUGAGCACUAUAAACACUCAGCAAAUUACCUCAAUGUUUUGUAUUUCUUAGAAAGAAAAGUAGACGGAAAGCUAAAUGACAUUUUUCCCUCUACUUACGAAACUGUUCCAUCAUUUUCUGUUAGAAUAAAAAGGGGAUUAAUAAACGGCUUAGGUUCAAUUUUCAAAGCAAUCACAGGAAACCUGGAUGCUUCAGAUGGUGAAAAAUUCGAGUCUCUAAUAAGCGAUUUGCAGAAUGAUCAAAACAAGUUAUCAGAAGCUAUCAAUAGUCAGAAUACCUUAUCUGUCGAACUUAUCGAUAAUUUCAAUAAAACUAUAAUUGGCGCAGCCAGAUCGGAUUUUCGGGCUGUUUCGCGAAUCAAUCGAGACCGCGAAAGCAGUUUUCGUAUCGACGAAUUUACCGGAAAAACGGCCUACGGACUAAAGACUUUGGUGAGUGGGAUUUCGAGCGGAACCGGUCUAUCGAAGACACCGUGUGCAGCUACCACCUACGAAGUCAGGGAUUUGGACCACACAUCGCCCAAAUCUGCAAGCGGAACAUUUUGGAGAAGGACCAGAUCGCCCAACCAAGAUCGUCCCCUUAUAGUUAAGCAACCAAGUAAAGACAAAGAAAGAAACGUGAUGCACUUGAUCAUCCUCGUAUUAGCAAUUUCUUUCAAACCUGAACAUAAUUCGACAGCCCAGCAACAACCAAAACCAAAUUGGAUCGCUGAAGAGCUAUUCAAUACAGAGAUAGAAAGCAAUAACACCUAUGAAGUUCCUGGUAACGAAUCUUUUGUUUGCGAUCAAACUGUAGCUGAACCACAAAAUUCAGAUACAUAUUUCACUGAUCAGUAUUGCGAGUAUUAUACACAAGAUAUUCCUGAAAAUGAUCACGUAGAUCCACCUCAAAAUUUUCAGAAGGACUCAUUCAUAGAACACAAGACCUAG